AUGAAAUUCAAGCACCGCCGACAGCUCGAAGCGUCCGAGGGCGACCUCACGCCCAUGAUCGAUAUGACGUUCCAGUUGAUCGCGUUUUUCAUGGUGCUGAUCAACUUCACCGAGGUCGAGCAGGACCAGCGGAUCACACUGCCGGCCAGCGAGCUGGCCCAGCCGCCCGACCAACCGUACGACGAGCCGCUGACCGUGCAGAUCACUAAGGAUGAGACCAUCCUCUUCGCCCGCGACGAGCUGGAGCCCGACGCGCUGCUGCCGGCCCUCCGCCGCGAGGCGUCGAUCAUCCGGGCGUACGAGAAGCAGCUUUCGGACGUGACGAUCAUUAUCCGCGCCGACGCGACCGUCCGCACCGGCGUGGUUCAGGACGCCAUCAGCGCUUGCCAGGAGGCGGAAUUCGAGACCUUCGCCCUCCGCGGCAAGACCAGCAGCGAAGACACCCUGAUCAUGCGCGACUUCAACAUCCGGAUGCCGCUGCCCAGCGAGGACACGCAGCCCCAGCCGCUCGAGACGCCCACCCUGCGGCUCCGCCUGGCGUCCAACGACGACGGCAGCCUGCAGUCCGUCAGCCUCGGCGAGAAGUCGUUUGGCAACGGGCCCGAGGCGUUCGCCCAGCUACACCAGUACCUGCGGACCCUGAUCCAGGACGACGGCGGCCCCGGCGCGGGCGACGAGCCGGAGGUCGAGAUCGACGCCGACUACAACCUGCGUUACGACUACACCAUCCGCGCCAUUACCGCUAUCUCUGGCUACCGCGAGAACAACGACACCCACACCCUGGUGGAAAAGAUCCGCUUCACGCCGCCCAAGAAGCCGUAG